AUGGAUCUUCCGCACGCAGCAGAAAGAGAUCUAAGUAAGAAGCUCUUGUUCUGUAUCUGUCCAGGAGCAACAGAACCACUGAAUAUGGGGCAUUGCAUGUCCACCUUGGCCAAGUAUUGCUGCCUAAACUGGCAAUAGCUACUCCAGGUCUCAGGCAGGCUGUGAUGGCUGGUGUCCAAUGGGUAGGGCAGUUGCCAGGGAGACCAGCAGCAGGUGGCAUCAAUGACAGGCUGUGUGCAAGAAGGCAGGUAGGCAUGGACCAGGUGAGGGCUCACUGAGGUUGCUGGGGCAGUGCCCCAUUUUCUCUUAAUGGACCAAGUUCCACUGCAGGCAGGGGUUUCUCCCAACCAAAGGCAGCCCAGCCUAUUUCGCCACCUGGGGCAAAAUGGAAACUGGCACCUCCUACCCCUCUGCCGUGCUCCACUUCUUCUGCUCCUGCUGUUCCCUAGCUCUUGCUGAACUUAAAGGAGCCAGAGACCUCCUCAAAGUCUUGCUGCUUGCUUGGCUUCUCCUCCAGGGGCAGGGAAGACGAGCGGCAAUGUUUCACGCUGGAACGCCUCCAUCUCAGCGAUGGAUGCAAAGGGUCAGGCGGGUCGAGUGCUGCCUCUUGCAUUUUUGCCACCUGAGUGGCAUGGGCCAUGGGCCAGCUGUGUUUCCAGCUCUGUUGCCCUCUGGGAUCUUCUUAACUGGAGAUACCGUAGAUGUAGGACUAGGGAUACCGCAGGCAUAAGACUGAACUUCUUGGACCAUCUGCAUGCAAAGUAUGCACUGUCGCUAAACUAUUGCCCCUUACCUGAAAGGGCUGAAUUGUUUGCUUACAAGAGGUGAAGUUUAAGAAUGGAUUCAGACAACCAGUUUGUCCCAGUGAGAAUUGCCUUCAGCAGUUUCUGAGGGAUGGGGAUUUAGUGGAACCUAUGAGGGUGGCGCUGUGGUGUAAUCCACUGAGCCUAGGGCUUGCCGAUUGGAAGGUCGGCGGUUCAAAUCCCCACGACAGGGUGAGCUCCUGUUGUUCGGUCCCAGCUCCUGCCAACCUAGCAGUUCGAAAGCAUGACAGUGCAAGUAGAUAAAUAGGUACAGCUCCAGCGGGAAGGUAAACGGCGUUUCUGUGCACUGCUCUGGUUUCACCAGAAGCGGCUUAGUCAUGCUGGCCACAUGACCUGGAAAAACUGUCUGUGGACAAACGUCAGCUACCUUGGCCAGUAAAGCGAGAUGAGCGCCGCAACCCCAGAAUCAUCUGGGACUGGACUUAACUAUCAGGGGUCCUUUACCUUUACCUUUUUAUGCAGACUUAGCUCUUGCUGAAGUGUACUGUUUCAUAUAGUAGUGGAGGGCAUCACAUGCCUAUGUUAUCCAGGGUAGCCUUCUUCCUGACACUCUUGGUUUCUGCAGGCAGGGAGCUUAUGUUUCAUGACAAGAGUAAUUAAACAUGUGAUCCCCACAACAGGCGGAGUGGGCAGGCUAGAAAAAGACAUAUGUUGUCAUUCUUCUGCCUGUGCCAAUUGACUCUAGAUCAGCUAGGAGGGUCCAAUGAACAAUGCUAUGGGCUCUGAGGCUUUUCAGAUCAGCUGCAAAAAUGCAUCAUUCCCAAAUGGUUGCUGUUAAACCCAUCGACUGGAGCUGCAGCCGUGUUGCAUAUCCACACUACAGAUGAGAAUAUUACCUGUAGCGGGGAAUAAUGAACAAUAAUCAUAGCCUGAGCAGGGGUUGGUGGCAGAGGUUUCCCAGAAGUCCAUCAGAUGUUAGCUGGCUUUAUCAUAAUAAAUAUUUUCUGAAUUUCCUUCCUGUGGCGGUCCCACCCAUUAAGAGCCAAACCAGUUUCUAACUGUACAGCCUCGCUGCCUUGGGUUGGGUUUGCUGGUCACUCUAAAGUGUGACAGAAUACUGGGAGAGUAGGACAGAAUGUUGGAAAACGGUUCCUUUUUUGCGAUUAUCCCACAAUUUAGUUUGUAGAUGAAAUGAAAUAGAUGAGAGGUGGGCAUGUAUAACCUUUAACAUUUUAAAACUAUUUACAUUCAGAUAACAUUACAUUCUUCAACGGUGUCUUUGCAAACGUGGAAGGUGUUGCGUUGUUUUUUGGUAAGUGAAUAUCAUUCUUUUUUUUAAUCAGGCUGAUUUUAAGGGGAGGACACUGACACUUGCAUAUCUGCAUUUUUUGUUUGUGUGCAUGACUUUGAAUUGUGGACAUCUCUGAAUGUGCUUAUGUGCAUAAUCCCAAACAACAAAGUGGUGCUGUGUAUCAGGAAUGUACAAGAGAGAACUGCAAUGGAAUGCUGCAGCGUGAUAGGCUGCGUUUCAGAAUUCCAGUCUUCCAUUCCCUCAACCCUCCACAUUUUCCUACUUGCCCACACAACAGUCAGCAUUCCAUGCCCACUGACCCCUUUCCAUCCUCAUUGGGCUGUUUUUAUCCCUCACCCUUAAGAGAUUUUUUUUCUAAAGGGUUUUUUUUUUCUACUUCCCCCCAAGCAUGCUGAUAUCUCCCACUUCUGUAUGGGUGAUAGAGCUUUGGCUACUGAAGCAAUGCCACUCACUUGUCAGUCUCCCACUUUCCCAAACAAAUUUGAAGAGAAUUCAUGCUGGAGAGGACCUGCUGGGAAUAAAUUAGUCUGUAUAGGUCUGAUCUUUAGGGUUGAGGAGUAUCAUUUUUGUUGGGAGGCAUGGGAUUUAGAGUUUCCUCUGCUUCCCUGUCCAAUUCACUGAAUCGGCAUGACUGAAGUUACUCAGUUAGGAGGCACUGGGAAACUGCAAACCCCCAUGCAUCCCAGCAGGAAAUGUGCCCCUCAAAAUGCUUGGAACCAUGCAGGCCAUAAGACCGGGAUAUGCAAGACCUCUCACAUCUCUCUCCCUACUUUACAAUGGUUACUUCACUUGGGGAACUGGCAUGGGGGUCAGGAGUUCAGCCUACACUUGAGUAGGACUCUGGCAGAGACACAUGCCCGACUGGCAUGUUCUCUCCCUCUUGGUCGAUCGUUCGGGAGCUUCAAAAGCUUUCUUCAGCCCGAACAUCACAAUGAGCGAUGCCAACAGACAUCGGCACACUUAGGGAUCUGCAGAGUCUUCGCAGCUUGUGUAACAGACCCUGGCAACUCAGCAUUUUGGCUAAUCUACUUUAUUUACAUGGGGACGUGGGUGGCGCUGUGGGUAAAACCUCAGCGUCUAGGGCUUGCCGAUCGCAUGGUUGGUGGUUCGAAUCCCCACGGCGGGGUGAGCUCCCGUCGUUCGGUCCCAGCUCCUGCCCACCUAGCAGUUCGAAAGCACCCCCAAGUGCAAGUAGAUAAAUAGGUACCUGCUUUAUAGCGGGAAGGUAAACGGCGUUUCCGUGUGCUGCGCUGGUGCUGGGUCGCCAGAGCAGCUUCGUCACGCUGGCCACGUGACUCGGAAGUGUCUCCGGACAGCGCUGGCCCCCGGCCUCUUAAGUGAGAUGGGCGCACAACCCUAGAGUCGGACACGACUGGCCCAUACGGGCAGGGGUACCUUUACCUUUACCUUACUUUAUUUACAUAUAAACACAUGGAGCACUGCAACCUGGCUCCCUCUCUCUCUAGCAUCAGACAGCAAAGAGAGAAAGAACAAAGGACAAUAGUCCCACUUCACGGAACACAGUAACACAAACAUCCUGUUUCUGUCACUUCCCACUCUGUGGAGUCAAAACAUAUACCAUCAUGUGAUAGACAACAAUCCCAUGACUGCAAUCACGGAGCAGGAAUUCUAACAAGGAGAACAUAGGAAUCUGCAUUAUACAGAAUCAGACCACUGGUUCAUCUAGCUUUGUGCUGUCUAUACCAAUUGGUGGUAGCGCGCCAGGGUUUUAGGCAGGGCUGUCUCUCAGCAGAUGCUCUACCACUGAGUUAUGACCCUUUCUCCAAAGGGCUGGUCUCCUUGAGGUGUGUGUGUGUGUGUUUCUGAGCAUUCUCUGGAAAACCUCCAAAAUAACAAUUUAUGAGAUGAGCUGGUUGACUCACUACAAACAAACUUCAGACUCUGAAUUCACAUUAUGGUUGUCCUUGCAGAUUGUUUGGGUUCUCAGUUCACCUGGCUCCAGUCCAUCUUUACCAGCUUCCCUGCGCUGCUCAACUUUGUGAGCAAAAUGAGGUGUGUGACCGGUAUUUGCCCAAGAGAUUUCGAAGACUAUGGCUGCACCUGCCGAUUCGAAAUGGAGGGUCUCCCCGCAGAUGGGUUUGAUGGGUGAGUCUGUAAUAUUCGUGACGACAUUCCCAUUUUGCAGAGGUUUUGUGAGGGACGCCUGUCCGUGUCUGGUUGCUUGCUGUAACAAUGGCCUGUAAGACUACGGAGUCAAAGAAUCAUAGAAUUCGAAGGGACCCUGAGGGUCAUCCAGUCCAACCCCCUGCAAUGCAGGAAUCUCAGCUAAAGCAUCCUUUACAGAUGGCCACCCAACCUCUGCUUAAAAACCUCCAAGGAAUGAGAGUCCACCACCUCUUGAGGAAGACUGUCUAGUAGGAACACAUUAAUUCUGACUUUGUUGAUUGCCUGGGAUUGUAAAAACAAGAGGCUGCCAUGCAUUAUAACCUGGUUCACAUGUCACCUUAAAUCUAGGGUUGAUAACCUUUGGCCCAAAGGCUUAAGUCCAACAGUAGUCCAAAUUGUUGGAAAAACGCCCGGGAAGGCUGCCAACUUCCCAAGUCUUCGGAGCGUCUCUCUGGUGGUCCUCUCUGGCUAUAAAUCUCCUUCAUCCCAGAGAGACCGGUGAUAGGCGACCCAUCUCUCCUAAAAAGACCAUGCCAGACUUCUGUCAUAUCAUAGCAGAAGAAAGACUCAAUCGUAGUUCUGAACUACUUUAUUUACAGUCUUACAUACAGAGACUCCAUCAGUCCGUCUGUGCCCUCUGAACACCAGUACAAAACUGGGACACGUACAAAAGUGAAAAUAAACUUCCAAUAGUACUUAGCAGGAAGAGAAAAUACAGACUUCCUUUCUCACACUCUCUCAGACACUCACAUGAGGUAUACAAUCACAGUACCACUCGCUGGAGCAGCUCGGAUAGAUAAAAAUCCUAACACGAAUUUGGGCUGAAAUGCUUUCUGGACUAUAGAUCUAUAGGCACACUUUACCCUAGCAGCCCAUGAAGUGGAUUGGGCACCUGGUAGGACUAGGUCCCUCAAGACCAAGGUUCAAAUUCCCUCCCACCCAUGAAACUCACUGAGUUACCUUGAGCUAGUCACAGUCCCUUGGGCUGGCCUACCUCACAGGGUUGUUUUAUUAGGACAAAAUGGGGGAGAGGAGAACCGUAUGUGCCACCUUGAGAUCGUUUGAGGAAAGGUGGGACAUGAAUGUAAUAAGAAUGUUCAAAAUAAAUAAAUAAAAUUAGUGUUUUAGUGCACUUUUGGGGGGAGGGGUGACUAGAGAGUCGCACCACGGAAUUCAGAUAAGUGUGAAUGCUGAAGUGUUACAGUUCACGUCUUUUUUCGGGAAGUGAAAAUUAGGUAUUAAAAUGCAAACUAAACAGAUUAAGUGGCUAAGCCAAGAAUCACAUUCUGAAUAGCCUUAUAUUAAUUAUUUGAUUGUUACACCCCCAACACCUGCAUGCCAAACAAGCUGCUGUUUUGAGCAUCGCAAGUGUUACGAAGAAGCAACAGAAGAAGAAUGUGUGUGGGACCCUGCAAAGAUUUCGACGGAUGUCAGCUGCCUCACCAAAAACAUCACCUGCGGUAAGAAUGAGGGCUUUGUAAUAAAUGCUAUGAAUGCUUCGUACCUGUUCCCACUCCUCUCCCAAGGUUCCUUUGCCUUCAGAUGAAUAGGUCUCUAAGACACACCUAUUCUGGCUUGUUUUUUGUCUGGUGGGCUAAAUGUUAUGAGCAGUGCCAGGCAAAUUCUAAGAACUCUUCAGCGCUACAGUAAGCCUGCAACUUACACAGCGGCUAUAUUUUGGGGAUUGCCCCUAAAGCCAAAAUCACAUCUAGUCCAAACCCACUGGUUCAAUGGUGAGUGAGACUGCCAAAGUAUUUGUCCUAGAAUAUUAUUUCUAAUUAUUAUUAUUAUUAGCCACAUUAUUAGCUCCAGAAUGGAUCCCAUUCGCAUCCAGAGGUACCACUGUACUGUGUUCCAGAAUGUAGGACUAUUGUCCUUUGUUUCUUUCUCUCUUUGCUGUCUGACGAGAAAGAGGAAGGAGUUAAGUCAGAAUGCUCCGAGUGUAUUACAGUCAUACCUCUUGUUAUGUUUGCUUCACGAUACAUUUUUUCAGGUUGAAUCCCGCGGCAACCCGGAAGUACUGGAAAGGGUUACUUCCGGGUUUCGCCACUCGUGCAUGCACAGAAACGCAAAAUGAUGUCACGCACAUGUGCAGAAGCAGUGAAUUGUGACCCACUCGUGCGCAGACGCGCAGAUGCAGGUUGCAUUUCUUUCAGGUUGCAAACAGGGUUCCGGAACAGAUCCCGUUCACAACCAGAGGUACCACUGUAUAUGUAAAUAAAGUAGAUUAGCCAAAAAUGCUGUGCUACUGAGUUCUGUUACACAAACUGCAAAUACUCUGCAGGAUCGUAAGUGUGCUGAUGCUUUUUGGUAUCAGUCGUUGUGAUGUUCGGGCUGGAGAAAGCUUUUGUAGCUCUUGAACGAUCGACCAGGAGGGAGAGAACAUGCCAGUUGGGCAUGUGUCUCUGCCAGGGUCCGACACACGAGUAGGAUGAUCCUAACAGCUGGCACGGAGGUGACUUUUGCAUACAGCCCACAAAUUCUCAAUGGAAUUUACGUCCGGAGAAUUCCCUGGCCAAUCAAGUACCUGUAUUUGCUGCUCAGUCGUGAAUUUCUUCACCACUUUUGAUGUGUGACAGGGGGCUAGGUCCUGCUGCAAUAUCCCAGUACCGCCAGGAUACCUCUUUUCCAGCUCUGGAAUAAUUCUCUUUCGUAGAACCUCAAUAUAUUGUGGCGAGCGCAUUUUUCCUUCUAUUGGCUGCAGGCUUUCGACAUCAUAAUAACUGAAGCAUCCCUAAAACAUCUUCUUUUAUGGGUGCUUGACAGACUGAUUGAUGUGGCAUAGAAAACAUGCUUUGUUUCAAUUAAUUUGCACAAUGGUGUACUUAGGUCUCCUCCGCACAAUCAUUGGCCCGUCAUUCUCUUAUGCAUGGAAGAGUCCUAUGCUUUGCAUCAUUGUUCAUGGAGGCUCCAUUCUAACAUGCACUGAGUGUGGUAAGCUGCUGUGGUCAAAUUGCACAACAUUGGGGGAUUUGGGUGAAACACUCCCCCCCCAGUCCUUGUGAGCUUUCAGCACAUGACUGCAUUUGUGAUAAUCUUUUUGCAUGCCCUUCCUAUGUGAUCACAUCAAAUCCCUGUGGUCCUAUGUGAAUGAUUGUAUUCCUAUGAAUGUGUAUUCCUAUUGGGGUUUUCACUAUACUACAUGUUUUAGUUUAGAUUCAGAUUCUUCUUCUUUUUUAAAAAAAUUUGCUUAUUCCAUUUCCAGGUGGCAUUUUGGUUUUAUCUACUGGCAGAUUAUAAUAUUUUCAGAGGUGCAGCUGAUUUUUGCAUGUAUUGUUUCCUGAAGAGAAUCCUGUCCAAAUCAGUAAUUGGAAAGAAGAGAAUUUCAUAUCAGCAUGAGUUUUCCAGUGUAUUAGAACCAUCUCUCACUGUGAACUGUUCUCAGUCUUGAACUCGUUCCAUGCUGGUUGAAUAGUGUGGGAGGCACAAUAUACACUCUCAGCUACAAAACGAAAUGCACUUCUCCAGGUCAAAACCUUAUAGAGAGAAGGCAGAUUGUGGAAACAGAUACCUCAAUAGUACUUUGUAUGCUGAUCUCUCCAACCCCCCUCAAUUUCGGUUUUCUUUCGUCUCCAGAGUCCGACGAUGCCUGUGAACGCCUUCUCUGCAACUGUGACAAGGCAGCUAUUGAAUGCUUUCUGCAUUCCCACAUUAACUCUUCCUUGAACAGCAUGGAUGUUUCACUCUGUCCCUCUCUGGUUACAGGUGAGAAUAUAAAAGAGAAACUCUGAGAUCUUGUUUCCUCGGCAGUCUGUAGACGUCCCUAUUCCCUGAUUUGAAUUUUAAUGAACUGUAUUCUAUUCUUGCAAAGUUAAUUUGUUGCUACUGGCUAUUAUGUCACACAUCAGCGAAAGUUUUGUGUGUCUGGGUCUGGGUCUCAGUGAGUGAAAAGUACAAGCCAAUGGUUUUAAGCCUGCUUUCCAGGGAAUUAGGCUUAUCAAAGGUUCCUCAGUGAGAAGAUCUUGCUAGAGAUGGACAAGCAUGCCAAAGACCAGUUUGCCUCUCAUGCCCAAUCUUCUGUGUUACUGUCCACAACACCGAUGAAUGCUUGCAAUACUGUCAAGAGGAUAAAGGUAAAGGGACCCCUGACCAUUAGCUCCAGUCGUGGCCGACACUGGGGUUGCGACGCUCAUCUCGCUUUAUUGGCCGAGGGAGCCGGCGUACAGCUUCCGGGUCAUGUGGCCAGCAUGACUAAGCCGCUUCUGGCGAACCAGAGCAGCGCACAGAAACGCUGUUUACCUUCCGGCUGGAGCGGUACCUAUUUAUCUACUUGCACUUUGACGUGCUUUUGAACUGCUAGGUUGGCAGGAGCAGGGACCGAGCAAUGGGAGCUCGCCCUGUUGCAGGGAUUCGAACCGCCGACCUUCUGAUCGGCAAGUCCUAGGCUCUGUGGCUUAACCCACAGCGCCACCCGUGUCCCAACAGGAGGAUAGAAAACAAUAAAGUUGUUUCUGCAAGCCACCAAAUUGGGCAGAGCUCCUAUAAGUUCAAUGAAAUGCAAACUGCAACAGACUGGGUUUGAGCUACGAUAAUACAAUCAAAAGACAAAUAGAUGCAGAACAGCAAACUCCAUCUCUAGCACAUGUGCUUUGUAAGUGUGUCAGGAUAUACUGGUAUGUGGGGCUCUGGACUGGAUUGUCAAUCAAGUUUAAAAAGCAGAACAAAUUUCUGUACGUACUUCAUGCAUUGAGAAGAGCUGCUCACCCCUGGAAAUAGGGCUAAAUUGGAAGUUGCUAUUGUUGGGCCGAGUUGCUGUGGUGGGGACGAGGGUUGCGGUGAGGUCGGGGAUGUUGCUUUUGUUUCAAACAUUGCAAGUUUUGGAUGGGAGGGAUUGUUUCAGGAGGUGGCAGAGGGAUGUCUCUAGAUCUGUAUGGCAGGGCAGGAAGCCUCGAGUAAAAUUUAAAAUAUUAACGGAUGCUAAAGAAGGAGGCGGACUUGCCCUGCCAGACCCCUAAAUUUUGUUGUGAAUCAUCUGCUUUUUGCUGGCUGAGAGAAUCGACAGAAUCCGAGACCAGGGAGAAGAGCUGGUGGAAGAAGAGUGGAAGUUUAAAGACUAUUUAUAGAAAUAUUGCAAAAUUAAUGAAUGUUAGAACAAAGUGGGAAUGAAGUUAUAUGGCUUUAGCAGAAAUGUUAUAAGGAAUUAAGUAUAAAUAGAUUAAUUGAGCAUUAAAGGGAAUAAAAUAAGGUUAGAAUGUGUUAAGAUAAUUAUAGGAUAGAAAACAGAGGAAGAUGGAAAGGAAUUGCUGAAAUAAUUAAUUGAUGUGGAAUACAAAAAGGGAGGUGUGAGGAAGUCGUGGAAAUAAGCAAAUGAAAGAUAUGACAUUGAAAUUGUUUAAAAUGGUCUUUGUUUUGUUUUAUUUGUCUUGCAUUGUCUUGCGUUGUUUUUUGCUUGUUGUUUCUUUUUGCUUCUUUGCUUUGUUUAACUCUUUUUCUUUUUUUUGUAACUUUUAAACUCUUAAUAAAUAUUAUUAAAAAAGAGAGAGAGAGAAGAGCUGCUCACCCCUUCCUUUUCAUCCCUCCUUUCCUCUUUAGCAUGCACACUGUCCAUUUUUCAUAUGCCUGGACAUUUUUUUAUUUCUAUUUUUUACGAAAAUGAAUCAUGGAACACCUGCUCCCUCUUCUUUACAGAAACAGUCAGCGAGAGAAGUCAGACGACGCUUCAUGCUGCAGGUAUGCUAUGUGUAUCCUACACUGUUUCCCCCAGAGCCCAAAGUGGGGCAGGAGUCUACAAACGACAGGUAACAGAACGAAUAGGCCCAGGUGGAGACUAUGCAAAUAUGUCCAUCCCUUCCAGUAAGAAGCUAUUUUUCUUUCUUUCCAUAGAGUUUCAGAACCAGAGGGCUGAAGAUACUCAGCUGACAGAUACAUCUGUUGCAGAGGGUAGGUUUGCCAGUGUUCUUGUUUAGUUUAGCUGGGAUCAAAACUGAACCUUUGCACCAAGGUAGGGUAAAUUCUGCAAAAGGUUUUGUGUGUGAUUCUGACAUCUUUUGACUAAUUUCUCCUGCUCCCACAGAAGAGUAUGAAUGCAGCAUAAAAUGCUAGUGGUUGAAAUUGAUCCACACAUUAUAUCUUCCCAUUCUACUAGGCUGCACGCCUCUUCUCUUUGCUCGGGUACAGUGAUGACCAUUGGGAUUGGUAGGGUGGAAGGCAAGGAGGACCAACAGUAGGUGGAGCUAUAGCCAAUGACAGGCAGAGCCAAUGCACUCUAUUGUCUCCAGUGCUGGAUUUACGUAUAAGCUAAACAAGCUAUAGCUUAAGGCCCCACUCUCUUGGGGGCCCCAAAAAAUGUAAGGGGAAAAAAAACACCUGGAUGUACAUUUCCAAAAUAUAAGGUAAAAAACAAAUAAAAUAAAACCUACAUACAGCAACAGUGUUUUGUAAAUUGUGUUUCUAAAGGAACUUUUGCUAUUGACAAAUGCCAAUGUGUUUGCAUUAUUAAGUUUGUUAUAAAUAAAAAAUCAUUUUAAGUUAGAGCUUAAUAAUUAUUUCACUAUCAAUAUACUUCUUAAUUGUACUUCACUAUUACAGUGGUACCUCGGGUUAAGAACUUAAUUCAUUCUGGAAGUCUAUUCUUAAUCUGAAACAGUUCUUAACCUGAGGUACCACUUUAGCUAAUGGGGCCUCCUGCCAUGCCACGAUUUCUGUUCUCAUCCUGAAGCAAAGUUCUUAUCCCGAGGUAAUAUUUCUGGGUUAGCGGAGUCUGUAACCUGAAGCAUCUGUAACCUGAAGCGUCUGUAACCCGAGGUACCACUGUAAUAUACUUCUUAAUUGUAUUUCAGUUCAACAAUUAUGCGCAAAUGGCUUCAGAUACAAAUAAGUCCAUAAAUUACCAUAUAGCAGGGGUCAGCAAACUUUUGCAGAGGGGGGCCUGUCCACUGUCCCUCAGACCUUGGGGGGGGGACUAUAUUUUGAAGAGAGAAAAAAAAUGAACGAAUUCCUAUGCCCCACAAAUAACCCAGAGAUGCAUUUUAAAUAAAAGGACACAUUCUACUCAUGUAAAAACAUGCUGAUUCCUGGACCAUCCGUCGGCUUUAUUAUGCCUAAGGUAAAGGUAAAAGGACCCCUGACCUCUGGGGUUGUGGCGCUUAUCUCGCUUUAUUGGCCGAGGGAGCCGGCGUACAGCUUCCGGGUCAUGCGGCUAGCAUGACUAAGCCGCUUCUGGUGAACCAGAGCAGCGCACAGAAAAGCCGUUUACCUUCCCACCGGAGCGGUACCUAUUUAUCUACUUGCACUUUGAAGUGCUUUCGAACUAACCAUGCCAUUUAGCAAAUAUACAAUACAAAAAUAAAGCGACAAUUUAUUGUUGGCAAAGAACAACUGGACAUAUAAAGGGCCCCGUUACCUUCAGUAGCUUAGGGCCGCAUCAAACCUAAAUCCGGCCCUGGUUGUCUCCAUCCUCCUCCUUGCUGAGUCCUACAAGAGAGAACACUAGUGGGAAGGAAGCUGGCAAGCCGUGCCAGCCCUUGAACUGUUUAUAAGUAAGAAGGCAGGCAAGUGGGGGGCCAACUAAGGGCCAGCAGAGGUCUAUGGGGCAGUACUUCAUCUCUUUUUUUUGUUUGUUUGUUUUGAAUAUUUUUAUUAGGAAUUUCAACAUAACAAUUUAUCAAAAAUACAUCAUCCUCAUUUCCCCACCCAUUUUUCCCUCCCCCUCCCCCCAAAAGAAAAACCCACCCUCCCAGACUUCCCUCAGCUCCUCUCUCUGGUUUUUCAGCACUUGUUAUUCUCUGCAUAUUAUAAAAUUGUAAAGAUCCUUAAUUUAUAGAUAGAUAAUAUCUAUGUUGUUGUUGUUUAGUCGUUUAGUCAUGUCCGACUCUUCGUGACCCCAUGGACCAGAGCACACCAGGCACUCCUGUCUUCCACUGCCUCCCACAGUUUGGUCAAACUCAUGCUGGUAGCUUCGAGAACACUGUCCAACCAUCUCGUCCUCUGUCGUCCCCUUCUCCUUGUGCCCUCCAUCUUUCCCAGCAUCAGGGUCUUUUCCAGGGAGUCUUCUGUUCUCAUGAGGUGGCCAAAGUAUUGGAGCUUCAGGAUAAUAUCUUUUUUUAAAAAAAAUAAUAUUUAUUACUUUUCCAACAAUUUAAACACACACAAAAAAUAAAAAGAAAAAAGAACAAUACAAUGCAGUACAAAAACACUACAUAACACAUUAAACUAACAAAACAAAACAAAAACAAUUUAAAAGACAUCAAACAAUUUCAAUAUCUUAUCUUUCAUUCACUUAUUUCACACCUCCCUUUUUGUAUUCUACUUCUGUUGAUUGUUUCAGCAAUUCCUUUCCAUCUCCCUCUGCUUUCUAUCCUUUUAAUUAUCUUAACAGAUUCUAACCUUAUUUUUCCCUUUAAUACUCUAUUGAUCUAUUUAUACUUAAUUCCUUAUAACGUUUCUACUAAAGCCAUAUAACAUUUUUCUAACAUUCAUUAAUUUUACAAUAUUUCUGUAAAUAGUCUUUAAACUUUUUCCAGUCUUCUUCCACCGACUCUUCUCCCUGGUCUCGGAUUCUGCCAGUCAUUUCCGCCAAUUCCAUAUAGUCCAUAUAUAAUAUCUAUAUAUUACCAAUAAAAAGUUUGUGUAUGUUUACUCAAAACCUGCCAAGGAGUCCAGUUCAUUUUGUUGUUUCUUUAAGUACUUUGUGAAAGGUUCCCAUUCUUCUUUAAAGUCACAGUUGUCCUUAUCACAUGUCAAUUCCGCCAAUUCCGCAUAGUGCUUCAUCUGUUCUAAUGGACCAGCCUCUGCUGCUCAGAUUAGCCUCUUUGAGGAAACUGCCGAGACAAACUGGAACCGGAUCACAAGAUGGCAAGAACAAUAGGCAGUGGGGUGUUCAACAAGUCCUGCUGAGGAAAGCUUCGAGGAAAUAGGUCUAUUUUUCCUGUAGAAAAGAUGAGCAAGGCGUGGGGGGCAUGAUAGUACUUUUCAAAUACCUGAAGAUCUGCCAGGUAGAAGACAACAAAGGCAUAUUCUUUGCUGCCCCAGAGAGCAGGAACGGAUCAAAUGGGAUUAAGUUACAAGAGGGUAAAUUGCUGCUGAACAUUAGCAGAAACUUCUUGACAUCAAGAACCCAGCCAGAUGACGGGAUAUAAAUACUAAUAAAUACUAAUAUUAUUAUUAUUACUAAGGGCAGAUUGACAAUGGAACUAGUUAGUGCGUUGGGUGGGCUGAUAUUUGAUGGAGGUCUUCAAGCAGGGGUUGGGCAGCCAUCUGAUGCUGUAGAUCUCUGGAUGUCCUGUAUCUUGAAGGGGGUUGAAAUAUACUCGGAGUCGAGAGUGGAUUUCAUGCUCUUUAUUCAGCUCAUAGUGGUGAGGAGGAAUGGAAGUUCCCCCAGAAUGUCUGCUUUAUAUACAUUAUUUACACAAUGGGCCCCACGUGAUUGGAUUCACCUGUAGGCCAAUCAGGCUGUGGAUUCACUUCCACCUGGAGCUGGAUUGGGUGGCUCCUGUGGACCAAUCAGACUGCUGCAUUCUGGACCCUAUUGUUCUAGGACCAAUAAGACUGCUGCCUUUUGGAUCCUAUUCAUCUCAGUACAUAACAGGGGUUCAACUGAAUGGCUCAUAAGACAACCCCCCCCCCCAAAUCUUAUUAUAUCAUGACUUACCUUGGGAGAGGAUUUGGGCCUAGUUUUUCAGAUAUGGCUAUAUGUGGUUUAUCCCCUCUUGCAGAAGAUCAGUCUCUUCUCCUUACUGUCCUCUGCACAGACAGAAAGCAAAAUAUAGCACAGCAGAUGUUAUUCUGAUUAUGGGAUGCGAUGAUGAAGCUUGCAGAUUCUCAUAGGCAUAUAUCGAUAUUGUGUAUCUUUCAGUUAUCCCACAGACCACAGAUGGGAUGGUUGUACUGAGUUCUGGAGCAGACCGUAAGUCGUUAUUCGCAGGCAUGAUGCUAUCGUUUGUCUCCUUGAUAUGAUUAAUUUCUUCUGUUGCUUUUCCAAAGCAUGCUUUCUUUUCCUGACCAAGAAUCGCUCCCAUUCUGGUUUAUUUUCUUUUAAACAGUUGCUUCAGAUGCGACGAGUGAUGUAGGCCUUGAAGCCCACAGAGAAGGAGGUGUGUGAUGGCUUUAGGGCUUUUAGAAGACUUGUUUAGAAAACUUAUAAACUGUGGUAUACAGAUGAACUUACAGAUAAAACAUGGCCAAAUCCAUAAGACAGUUAAAUCAAAUAUGCUUAAAGUUAUCAUCAUAAAAAACAAAGAUAAAAUCAAUUGAUCAUUAAAACUAAUAUGUUUCAAUCCCCUUCAUUUGAGGUUUUUAAGCAGAGGUUGAGUGGCCAUCUGCCAUCGAUGGCCCUUUGUAUCCCAACUCUAUGAUUCUAUGAUAUAACUAACUUUGGGAACAAACCCAACAAGCAAGAUCUUCCAGGGUGAGCAGGUUAGGAUUCAGUGGAUCUCUGACUUCACCAGAUAGACUCCUUCAUCAGCUCAGCCAGAGAUACACCAUAGAAGUUGCCAAAUCUUUGAUUUGUAAUGGUCUGAAUAAACUAAAGAAUGUUGAGCUUUCUUGUUUUUCCUUCGACAGACAUUUCUCCUGAGUCCAGUGGCCUCUUGCUGAGAAACCCAGAAGAAGGUGGUAAGUACUGUACAUCUCACAGGUUAACAUCACUGUCUUCUCACUCUUCAUCCCCAGCCUCUUCUGACAGCACAGCCCAUAAACAAAGUCAUCAUUGAUUCAUAAUCUUCUUCUUCCUCUUCUUCUUCUUCUUCUUCUUCUUCUUCUUCUUCUUCUUCUUCUUACAGAAAUUCCAGUUUGUUACAUUUACCCAGUGAAUGCCAUAUGGCUGAGUGGUGGAUUUGAACUUAGGUCUCUUCAAGCCCAGUCCAGCACUCUGACCCAGGGGUAGCCCAUGUGAUGUCCUCAACUCCAACUCCCACCAGUCCAUCCAUCAUAAUCAAUAGUUGGACAUGAUGGAGUUGUAUUCCAGCAACAUUAGGAAGGCACCAUGUUGGCUGCUCCUGCUCAAACCACUAACAUCAGGGAUGGGGUAACCAGUAGACCACCACAUGUUGCUGGGACUCCAACUCCCAUCAGCCCCAGUCAGCAUGCCCAAUGGUCAGGGAUAUUGGUAGUUGUGGUCUAGCAACAUUUGGAGGGCCACAAGUUUUCUACUUCUGUGUUACACCACAGUGAUGCUGCUAAAUGUUUUGCAAAGUCUAUCACAUAGGUAAGGGUAAAGGGACCCCUGACCGUUAAAUCCAGUCACGGAUGACAUCUUGCUUUACUGGCCAAGGAAGCUGGCGUUUGUCCGCAGACAGCUUCCAGGUCAUGUGGCCAGAAUGACUAAGCUGCUUCUGGCGAACCAGAGCAGCGCACAGACACGCAGUUUACCUUCCCGCCGGAGCGGUACCUAUUUAUCUGCUUGCACUUUGACAUGCUUUCGAACUGCUAGGUUGGCAGGAGCAGGGACCGAGCAACGGGAGCUCACCCCGUUGCGGGGAUUCGAACCGCCAACCUACUGAUCGGCAAGCCCUAGGCUCUGUGGUUUAGACCACAGAGCCACCCGCGUCCCCCAUUUAUCAGAAGAAAAGGAACCAAGGAACAACCAUGCAACCUUAAUCUAACAACAUCUCCCUAUAUUUGUAACUUAUUGGUCAUAUGUGGAGAGUGGAAAAGUGGUAGGGCUGAUGAGAAUAAGUCAGUGAUAGAGGUUCUCGAUAGACCAUGGUAGACCAAAGUCCAUGACACAGUGAAUGCUCCAUCAAAUACUUGGGUCCAUGAUAGCAGUCAAUGACACACUAAGGCCCACUCUGAAAUUUCCUUCAGUGGUGAGGGGACUUGCCACACAAAUCCUCUUUGUAUUUUAACUUUAAUUUUUUAUUGGAAUUUCUAUUUACAAGGUAACACAAACCCCCCAAUACACAUUAAACUUGAACAUGUGAACAUAACAUACAACAAUACAAACAACCAAAUAAAAGAUGUCCUUUAUCCUUGUGGAUAUUUAAGUUAUAAUUAGAAAAAUCUUAAUAAUUAUUCAUAAAGGAAACAGUUUAUAAGAAGUAAAUAAGGAGGCCAGAUACAGGAUAAGGGAUAGAGGACAAACCUCUUUGUAGUGAAUCUUUUGUAAGUACAGUAGUUAUUUGCUUGAAUUUAUAAUGGACAGGAGAAUGAACGGCUUUUCUGACCAAAGUACUAUUUCUGCACUGGAUGCUUUUCUUUCAAAACAGUUAAUCCAGACAUGGAGAGCGGUGGAGGCCUCGAAACCCUCAGAGAUGGAGGUAUGUGGUUUCCAGUCCUUGCACUCUGCUGAAAAUGCCCUCAUAAAAAUCACUGGCGUUCAGUGCAAAAAGUUCUAAACCUUUUAAUCAGUCCUCAUUCUUCUUGGCCUUUGCUUUAGGGUGGGGAAACCUCAACAAAUACUGUGCAAAGAGUACAACGCAUUGUCUGGUUUGCUAACAUAUACUUUCUGCUUUAUUCAUGACUAAAGCGCAGGAAGGCCUUGCUGGUCCUUUCGGAAACUCCAUGCCAAGAGGUAAGUCAGUGUCACCCUGUGGUUUAUAUCCCAUGUGACCAGGAACCUCCUUCUUUCCUUAUUCCAGAUGUUGACAAGAUGGAUCAAGAGGACAGGGGGAAAACACUACACAGGGGUCAAGAGGCGCCCCUGUCUUCAAUAUCUUAACUAAACCAGGAAUGAGGGGAUUACAUGAAGUGAAGGCCCAAGACAGGUGUUGAUCAUCAUGUGAGCUGCGCACAGGUGGUCUGAAGCAAGCGAGCUACCACCAUUCCUGUGGAGCCUCUUUUUAUUGGGACAAACAUGCAAGCUAGGCAAAUACAUUUUUGGGCUGUGACCUUUACACAUCUUCCGUCCCGAAAUCGUGGGGUGGUACAAAGUUAUUUUGGCACCUGUUCCACAGCGUCAUUUUCCCCUUGCACAAUGUAUGACGAAUGGAGACAAAAGGUCUCUAAGGGAAAAGUUACAGACAGGACACCGCAAACUGCUGAGAUUGUGAAAGGUCAGGCAGAGGUGGAACGAUGUACAGACAGCUGUGGCUUGUCGGGGGGUGGGGUUUCCCUGCACCCCAAGGUCACGCGUGCAGGCAGAUUGUGGCUGCCUGCUGGUGGGGAAGCGUGCUCCCUCCGGACCCCACUCCCCACUCUGCGAUAUCCCUACAUCUACACCCUGACACUUUUCAGGUGGUGCCUCACCCACCCCACUUUUUAGUGGUGCCUCCCCACCCACAGAAUGACCAAUAUUGUUUGGUGGGAAUUUAGCCAAGAUUUUCAAAGCUAAAUCUAAAGUUGCCUGAUUUAUUCAAUGGUGGCUUCUUAGUUUUUUAUAUAUAUUAUAUGUGUUUGGAUUAUUAAUGUAUUUGGCUAACUUUGUAUGGUUUUACUGUUUAAACCAGGGGUCAGCAAACUUUUUCAUCAGGAGGCCUGCCCACUGUCCCUCAGACCUUGUGGGGGGCUGGACUAUAUUUUUUGGGGGGAAAUGAACAAAUUCCUAUGCCCCACAAAUAACCCAGAGGUGCAUUUUAAAUAAAAGCACACAUUCUACUCAUGUAAAAACACGCUGAUUCUCAGACUGUCUGCGGGCCGGAUUUAGAAGCCGAUUUGGCCAGAUCCAGCCCCCGAGCCUUAGUUUGCCUACCCAUGGUUUAAACCUAUGCCAAUAAAGACCAAUGACAUAAAUCACAUUUAUUGUUUAGUAGGCGAGUGAUUUAAUCACGAGUGUGCUUUCAGGGCUGUCAGUGAAAGCCUUCAACACAGAAGAAACCAGUGCUGCUCCACCUGCUAUUAUUAGCUCAACAGAGCCUGAGUCGGUUUCAACUUCUGAUUCUCUUGGGAGAUCAACAGACGAUGGUAAGUCAGGUGGAAUCUACAUACAUAUAAAAAAAACGCUGUGAAAAUGCUUUUUCAAAAAACGCAUUUUGAAAAAUAGAUUGAAUUUGCCAUAGCUCACUUUCUCCAUCUAGCGUCACAUUUGUAUAUUGCACUUUACAACACACUUAAAACAUUUUAUUUGCAGCUGAAUCGCUGAGUCUUAAGACUCAGGGAACCAUCUGAGGAGGGGGGAAUGUAAAGUAUCUGUAGAGGUUCAUAGACAUGUGAUUGUUUCUGUUUAGGUGAUUAUUUAUACUAUUUGCUAUGCCAAUUCAUCACCAAUGGUCUCUAGUAGGGAGUGCAUCAUUCCUAUUCCUGAUUGUGCAAUUCUGAUCUUACCUGGUACUGCUUGACUGUCUGGUCUCAUCAGGGCCAGAUUUAGUACCCUAAGCUACUGAAGAUAAUGGGGCCCUUUAUAAGUUGAGCUGUCCUUUGUCAACAACAAAUUGUCGCUGUUUUUUUGUGUUGAAUAUAUGCUAUAUGGUGCUGGGAAGUUUUUGCCUCUGCGCAUGGGUCUGGGAAUGUUCUGAUCAGUUCACAUUGAGUUCAGUACCCUGACCUGUUCUUAACGCAUUGUUGACCACAUCUACGGAACACGAUUGUUAUGUUCUUUCAUGUCAUGCUAUAUCAAUCAUUAGUAAUAGUUUAAGUCUUGAUACUCAAUCACUAGUUAAUAGUUUAAUAAGGAGGUUUCACGCCUGUCCAAUUCUGUGUUCCCUUUCCCAACCUUUAAUCUAUUGAUGAUUAAUACCUAUAUUCAAACUUUGCAUUGUAUUCAUGUUAACCAAUCAGCAACAAGCACAUAUGUGGUAAUGCUGUAAUAUUCAAUAAAAGGGACUCUCCGAGACUUGCUCGAGAGAUGCCUCCCGUAUGACACCUUGCCAUUCGUCUGUCGCUUAUUUCAACCCAACAAUAUGGUAAUUUAUGGUCCUAAUAGGUAUCUAAAGCAAUUUGCACAUUACAAAAUAUGUAUUUUAUCAAAGUAAUUGUUGAACUGAAAUACAAUUAAGAAGUAUAUUAAUAGUGAAAUACAGUUAAGAAGAAGUAUAUUAAUAGUGAAAUAGUUGUUAAGCUCUAACUUAAAUUGAUUUUUUAUGCAUAACAAACUUACUAAUGCAAACACAUUGGCAUUUGGCAAUAACAAAAGUUCAUUUAGAAACACAGUUUACAAAGACUUGUAAUCUAGUUUGCUAUUAUUAUUUCAUGUUAUAGCAAAUUUCUAGAAACUAGAUUACAAGUCUUUGUAAACUGUGUUUCUAAAUGAACUUUUGUACAUCCAGCAACAGUAUUUUGUGUUGUGUAGGCUUCUGUGAUGUAAGUAACGGGCCCCUAGCAUUUUAGGGAGCAGGCUAGCGGGUGGGGCCCGUUACUUACAUCACAGAAGCCUUACUUACUUACAUCACAACACAAAACACUGUUGCUGUAUGUAGGUUUUAUUUUAUUUGUUUUUUAUCUUAUAUUUUGGUCAUGUACAUCCAGUUUUUUCCCUUUAAUUUUUGGGGGGCCUCGCAAGAGAGUGGUGCCCUAAGCUAUAGCUUGUUUAGCGUAUACAUAAAUCUGGCAGUGGGUCUCAUUUUGAACUCCCUCUCCGAACAGUACUCAGGGUGUAUAUCUCUCUCUCUCAUCUAUCUAUCUAUCUAUCUAUCUAUCUAUCUAUCUAUCUAUCUAUCUAUCUAUCUAUCUAUCUAUCCUUACCAUUUUAAGUGACCACUUGAUGCAAUUGAUUUGAUGGACAUCUAACCCAUGCAAGUUUAUAUCACAAUAAAUUGUUCGUUUUAAGAGAGCCUGGAGAUUCUUUGUGUCAUUUUGUGGGGGUUUUUUUUAAACCCAGUUAGGUUUAUUUACAGCUUGUGGUCCUAAAAGCAAAACAAAAAACCUCAUUUUAUCUGAUCUACAGGGAAUCAUUUCAAGAUAGCUGAAGAAGAAGGUAGAACCUUUUCUACAAUAUCUCCAGAAGAGACGCCAGAUCCUGAUGAAACCUUUGGAGAAGGUGAGAAGGGGAUGAUCUUGCUCCUUCACAGGAUCUCACCCACCCACUAAAAAUUAAAGAUCAGGGUGUGUCUGCUCAGCUCAGGAAUUUGCGACUAGUAUCAGAACUGACCUCACAAAGCCUUUUGCACUAGAAAUCCACUCCUGGUUUUCCUCCUAACAUCCCUUUUCAGCAUCCUAAUUUAAAGCAGGUGGGGAGGGGUGGGGAUCUUUUUAGUUGUUGCAGUUAUGAAGCUGCAACAUAGCUCAACUGGUAGAGCAUGGGACUCCUAAUCUCUGGAUCAUGGGUUCGAGCCCCACAUGGGGCAAAAAUUCCUGCAUUGCAGGGGGUUGGACUAGAUGACCCUCGUGGUCCCUUCCUACAGUUCUAUGAUUCUAUGAUCAGACAGUUGGGGGGGUCAGGGACCGUGCUGAGGAGGGCUGGACUGAGAAGGAAUGGUGGGAACCUCCCCCUACUCCUGAUCCGGAUCCUGACUCUUCCCAGGAGCAGGAGGACAGUAUAGAUUUGGAACAGUGGUUUGCAGAGGGUCAUAGUUCAGAAGGCAGAAGCUGGGAAAUACUGGAUGGGGAACAGCUAGGAGAAGGAACACUGGGAGAAAGAGAGUUAACAGAUUCACAGUCGUUGGACAGCAUUCCUCCGAUCUCUCUAAAGUCGAGAAGAGCUCAGAAAGUCUCAAAACAGAAAGCACAGAGGUUUCAAACUCAGAUUACAAGAUGUAGUAGUGACGUAGAUUAACAGGGAUGGAAGGGAGUGUAAUCCUUAAUUGGGAGUACCGCCAUUUCUAGGAGAUCUGUUCUUUGUUCUCUUGCUGUGAUUAUUAAAGUUUCCAACCGGUAAGACGUUCCUUUCUUUGAUCGUCUUAUCUAUUGCCAUGGGGGGAGGAAGCCAAUUCCCCCAAACCUGACAGGGGGUCAUUGUUGUUUAGUCGUUUAGUCAUGUCCGACUCUUCGUGACCCCAUGGACCAGGGCACGCCAGGCACUCCUGUCUUCCAGUUUGGUCAAACUCAUGCUAGUAGCUUCGAGAACACUGUCCUACCAUCUCGUCCUCUGUCGUCCCUUCUCCUUGUGCCCUCAAUCUUUCCCAACAGGGUCUUUUCCAGGGAGUCUUCCCUUCUCAUGAGGUGGCCAAAGUAUUGGAGCCUCAGCUUCACGAUCUGUCGUUCCAGUGAGCACUCAGGGCUGAGUUCCUUAAGAAUGGAUUGGUUUGAUCUUCUUGCAGUCCAUGGGACUCUCAAGAGUCUCCUCCAGCACCAUAAUUCAAAAGCAUCAAUUCUUUGGCGACCAGCCUUCUUUAUGGUCCAGCUCUCACUUCCAUACAUCACUGCUGGGAAAACCAUAGCUUUAACUAUACGGACCUUUGUUGGCAAGGUGAUGUCUCUGCUUUUUAAGAUGCUGUCUAGGUUUGUCAUUGCUUUGCUAGGUUUGUCAUUGCUUUGCUAGGUUUGUCAUUUUGUCAUAGGGGGUCAGUUUCCUACAAAUCACAAGGAGAUCCGAACCUAUUUUCUGCGUACCCUGGCAUAAAGAAUGCUUGGGAGGACCACAACAAGAAGAAGGUGUCCAAAGAUAGAAUCCAAUUAUAUGACUCAGAUUUCUACUUCUUUCUAUAGUUUGUGACCGGUUUACAUUCCUGCAACUGAGAGACAACGGAAGAGUCAAGCGAGUGCUCCCACAGUUGGGGGAGAUGCUGUACUGCUUAACCGACCGAUGCCCGGAGGACUUCGAGUUAUAUGGAUGUUACUGUGGGCAGGAAGGACGAGGCCACCCAACGGAUGAACUGGACAGGUUGUUCCUGGCAAACACUUUUGACACAAAAGAAAAUGCUUUAAAUGUGAAAAUGCUUUUUAAAAAGUUUUUAAAAUGUAUUGAAUUUGCCAUAAGCACCCCUCGCCAUCUAGUGUUGCAUUUGUAUAGUGCACUUAAAAACACUUAAAACAUUAUAUUUGCAGCUGUAUAGCUGAGUCCAGAGUCUCAAACAUUCAAAGCACACAACUUUGGAGAAAGAAUCCUGGGAAUUAUAGCUUGUUAAGGGUGCUGGGAAAUGUAGUGCUUUGAGUAAUAAACCACUGUUUCUGUUUCUGAUGGUUCCACAACCAUCCGUUGUCAUGACCAACAGCCAAUUUUUGGAUAAUUCCAAGGCGUUUGACGAAAGUGACUUAGAAAAACACUGACAAAUUUCUAAGGGAUCCAGACAUUCAAAGCAAUACAAAGAAUGCAGUUCUGCAGAAGAGACUUAACACUUUGGCACUUUUUGCGUAACUACAGGUGCUGCUUCUCUCAUCACUGCUGCCUGGAACAAGUCAAGAAACUUGGAUGCCGUCCAGAAAGAAAUUCACGGUCUGAGGUUGUGUGCUUUGAUCGCACGCCAAAGUGUAAGUUUGGGAUGAAAGAUGAUUCCCUUCUUCACUGUUACAAUAAAAGAAAACAUAAACAUCAGUACCAGUUGCUGGAGAACUCAGAAGGAGAGAGUGAUGUUGUGCUCAGGUCCUGUUUACAGGCUUCCCAUGGCUGUUGGGUUGGCCACUUGUGAGAACAGAAUGCUGGACCAGAUGGGCCACUGGCUAUUCUUAUGUUCUAAUGAUAGUGUUUUUUACCCACUACAUGUAAGGUAAAGGUAAAGGGACCCCUGACCAUUAGGUCCAGUCAUGGCUGACUGGGGUUGCGGCGCUCAUCUCGCUUUAUUGGCUGAGGGAGCUGGCAUACAGUCAUGUGGCCAGCAUGACUAAGCCGCUUCUGGAGAACCAGAGCAGCACACAGAAAUGCUGUUUACCUUCCCGCCAGAGCAAUACCUAUUUAUGUACUUGCACUUUGAUGUGUUUUUGAACUGCUAGGUUGGCAGGAGCAGGGACCGAGUAAUGGGAGCUCACCCCAUCGCGGGGAUUUGAACCGCCGACCUUCUGAUCAGCAAGUCCUGGGCUCUGUGGUUUAACCCACAGCGCCACCCACGUCCCUUCCCACUAUGUGUAAGAAUGCUCAAAUGGGAACAUCAUCUGCAUAGGGCCAGAGUUUCUACCUGCCUGCAGACUGUCUCACCAGAGUGGUGCAUGCUCUAGUUAUCUCCCGCUUAGACUACUGCAAUGCGCUCUACGUGGGGCUACCUUUGAAGGUAACCCGGAAACUACAAUUAAUCCAGAAUUCAGCCGCUAGACUGGUGACUGGGAGUAGCCACCGAGACCAUAUAACACCGGUUCUGAAAAGACCUACAUUGGCUCCCAAUGUUUCCAAGCACAAUUCAAAGUGUUGGUGCUGACCUUUAAAGCCCUAAACGGUAUUGGUACAGUAUACCUGAAGGAGCGUCUCCAACCCCAUCAUUCAGCCUGGACACUGAGGUCCAGCACCGAGGGCCUUCUGGCGGUUCCCUCCCUGCGAGAAGUGAGGUUACAGGGAACCAGGCAGAGGGCCUUCUCGGUAGUGGCACCCGCCCUGUGGAACGCCCUCCCACCAGAUGUCAAGGAAGUAAACAACUAUCUGACUUUUAGAAGAUAUCUGGGCAGCCCUGUUUAAGGGAGUUUUUAAAUGUUUGAUGUUUUGUCGCAUUUUUAAUAUUCUGUUGGGAGCUGCCCAGAGUGGCUGGGGAAACCCAGCCAGAUCUUUCAAAAGUCUUCAAGCAAUCCUAAUUUUACUGGCUCAUGACAUUUAGCUGCCCGAGGUAGAGGACAAUAUGACAUUGUCUCCGCUCCAAGUACCAAACUCAGCCAGCCUAGCUGAAUGUUGUUUCAAGGCCAGUGAUGAGAGAAGCUCUUCCUGGGAUCCAGGGCAUACUAUCUUGCACAUAUAGUUCUGUCCUCUUAACAGCAACAAGGUCGAACUCCAAAUGUUAUGGGCACUCCAGCUCCCUUCAGUCCCAGACAACAUGACCAAUGGUCAGGGAUGAUAUGAAUUACAGUCCAACAACAUCUGGAGGCUUGCAUAUUCCCCAUCACACCUCUAGCCAAAGGGGGGGAGAUGUAUUUCCAACAUUUAUAUACUUUUUUUUUUUUUGCAACAAAGAGGUUUCUAAUGCAGUCAGUAAAACCACUUAAAUUGGCAUAAAUGAAUGAGCAAAUAAAAUGGCAUAAAAUCAAUGUAGCAAUACCGCAUUUUCAAUGUAACAUUGUUUGAUCUAGAGCAGAGAUCUCCAUUCAUUCCUCCAGGGAAAGGGAAUUCCAUAGUUUUGGGGGGGUGACUGCUUUGAAACCCCCACAGAUUCCCACCCAAUGUACAACCAUUGCUGGUGGGAAGGGGAAAACCCCCUUCAGCUGACCUACAGGCCCAGGACAGGCUAGUAAGGGUAGAAGCAUGUCAACAACAGGACAGCCUCUCCUGGUAUGCCCCGCGGAGGACCUUAAGGUCCACAAAUGACAACAUCUUGGAGGUCCCAGGUCGCAAGGUGGUUAGAUUGGUCUCAACUCGGGCCAGGGCCUUUUCAGUACUGGCCCCGACUUGGUGGAACACUCUGUCACAAGAGACCAGGGCCCUGCGGGACUUGACAUCUUUCCACAGGUCCUGCAAGACAGAGCUGUUCCACCUGGCCUUUGGUUUGGACUCAGUCUGACCCUUAUUUUUCCCUCCCCUUAUGGUUUUGAUCUAUGGGCUACUUUUAAAAUGAGGCUGCAUUUUAAAUUGCAUUUUAACCUGUAUUUUAAAUUGCCCUCCCAUUAUGUUUUUACUGUAAUUUUAUUGGUGUUGGCCACCCUGAGCACAGCUGCCAAUUUUCCUCUUUUUUAAGGGAAAUUCCCUUAUUCCGAAUAGGAUUCCUCACAAGAAAAGGGAAAGGCUCUGGCUGGGGAGGGCAGGGUAUAAAUUAUUAUUAUUAUUAUUAUUAUCAUCAUCAUCAUUAUUAUCAUUAUUACUACAAGAAACCUAGGAUGGGGGACUCAAAAGGGACAGCCAUAGGAGCUGCCUCUGCUGCCUCCCGAUUUGUUUGAGGCAGCUGCCCCACUUUGCCUCAUGGUAGGGCUGGCCCUGAUUGUUAUCUAGUCCAGUUUUGACAAACAAACACGAACCAUCUACUUCUUAGGUAUCGGAUGGACGAUGUGCGAAAAGCUUCAGUGUUCCUGUGACAAGGCAGCGGCUGAGUGUAUGGCGGCUGCCUAUUUCAAUGAAAGCAUGGGGUCUCCAAACAGACAAGCCUGUCCGGAGCCAGAGGUUAAAUUGUUCUGCCGCAGGGGCGGGCAUGAAAGACCCCUGAGCGGCGCUGGGAUCAGCUCCAGGGCUUCCAGCGAGGAAGAGAGGAGCAGUGAGGAGACCGAUCCGGCGGGGAGCCUUUUGGGAAGAGGGAAGAGGUCAGCACGCCUGGCCCGGGGAAUCUCCAGAGCUGUACGGCUGCAAAGAAGAUAA